AUGAGUCCCACGUCAUCGUCUGCAUCGCGGGAUGGGGAUCGGUAUCAGAGAGAUAGGGAGCGGGACAGGCUUAGAGAGCGGGAACGCGAACGUGAACGGGAGAAGGAGCGGGAAAAGGAUAGGUUGCUUAGAGAGCAAUUAUCUGGCGCAACAUCUCGCUCCACACAACGCAGCGCACGGGAUACACCUUCCGAAGACGCCUCACGAACUCGUUCCACAAAGGCAUCAUGGCGAAACAGAGGACAGGACGCAGCACCUACCUCCGCCUCAACCACCAGCCCCACAACCCGCACCGCUGCGUCCACGCAAGACAGCACGGCAGCCACACCGCAACCGGCUGACUCGCCUCGUACAGCGGCCGCGGAACGGGCAGAUGCGCGGGAGAUUGAAAGGCAGCGAAGGGAGCAGGAACGGGUUGAUGCGGAACGGAAGGAUGCGGACCUGAGAGAGGCUCAGAUGAUUCAGAAGGCGAGGACUGAGGUUACGGCUGCGGAUAAGCAGUUGGAACGGGUGGUGGCGCAGCAGAGGGUGCAUCGGAUUGAUGAGAAGCUGGUCGUACCCGAUUACGUCGAAGGUGUCAGACUCACCCUCGCCUCCGACCGCAACUCCUACCCCGAACCCGAAGACUUCACCAGCAGCGACGGAUACGGCCUCUGGGAGCAAAACAUCGGCGGCACCUUUUCCGACGUGCUCAGCGACAUGCUCAAAGCCCGCUUCCUCGACAAACGGCCCCGGAUAGAAGAUACCCCCGAACCCUCCCGCAGCAAAGGCAAACAACCCGAAAACAGCUACGACGUCCAGCUCUUCUUCAAAGUCAUCGAAGCCCGCGGGCUCGUCGCGAAAGAAGGACGCACGCGCGACGCCUACUGUGACAUCGAACAUGGACGCAUCCCUGACGACGGCACGGACGAGGCGCGAAGGGCGGAUAAGGGCCGUAAAGACAGGCCGGUCAUGCAGACUGAGACCGUGAGAGGCUCUCUGAACCCACGGUGGGACCAGCACGUCAAUCUCCAAUGCGACCACCCCGCCGAUAAGAUCAUGGUCUCAGUCUUCGACCGCGCAAAAGAACAAUUUCUCGGCCGGAUCAAAGUAUCCUUCGGCGAACUCAUCGACGCCGCAAGACGAAAGAGCCCCGUAACGCGAUGGUACCCCCUCAACGGCUUAGGCAAAAAGGAAAAGGACAAGUACGUCGGCGGCGAAAUCCUCAUCGAAGCCGCCAUCAAAGACGACCCGAACGCACCCUCCCAACGCGGCGGCUCCUCCUCCUCCUCCUCCUCCCGCCCCGCCCGCCAACAAGACCCCUUCGCCCAACUCCUCUCCCAAAUCACCUACACAACCGUCGACUUCCGCGCCAUGUACAAAGUCCUCCUCCGCGCCUGUCUCGUCCUCGACAUGAACAUGCUAGGCAACUCCAUCACAGAGCUCACUGUCGAGUUAUUGAGCCCGGAAAGUAUGUCGAUGCUUGGUAUACUGGGCCGUGCGUGGGGAUUGACCGAGGCGUUUAUGGCGAUGGCGUAUUUGGAGCUGCUGUUUAGGAGGUAUAAGAACGCCGAGGUGCCGCAGGGCGCCCUGGUGGGGACUCUCGAGGGAUUGAAGACGAGUAUGAAGGAUGAUCCGAAGUGGUUGAGUCAUCGGGAGCGCCCAGCCCUCGUAACCCUCCUCAACGAAAUGGAAGCCUACUACCGCACCCAAAUCCAAAAGUACCGCGACUUCUUCCCCAAAAACACCCCAAAAGACGCCCUCGAAACAACCAUCAUGAUGCUGCGCAUGAUUGUCAAACACCCCGUAUUCCGCGAAUCGCCCCGAAAUCCCCCAUUAACUAAUAGUUUCCAGGAUUACAUCAAGCCGUUACUGACGGAGGCAGCGAUUGAAAGAUAUCAGCAAUUGAGUGAAUUGUGUAAACCGUUGGAUGAGAAUGAUGUUGAGGGGGUUGUGGAGGGGGUUACGAAGUUGGGGGAGUUGAUUAGUGAGGAGAUUGAUGCGGAUGCCAAGUACUUCUUUACUGCAUUCAAAAGGGAACUAGACAUCGUCCGCCACACAACCGAGAUCUACCUCAAAUACUAUGUGCUGACUCUCGAGUCGACGACUGAGACGAUAUCGUCGGAUGCGGCGGUGACGUCGGGGAGCAAGAUGGUGUUUGAGUUGUAUCGGCAGGUGAAGGUUAUGGAUGAGCGGUAUGCUAAGAUUGCGCCGGGCCUAAAACGCAUGUCAGCGAACACCGGCUUCAACGUCGAACGAUGGUUCGCGCCCUUCAUCACGCGCUGGCUCGAGCACCUCUCCACGAAAACGGUCGAAUGGGUCAACAACGCCGUCAAAGCCGACCAGUUUGAGCCGCUCAACCCCAACGACGGCGGGUUCAGCUCGUCGGUCACCGAUCUGUUUUCUGCGGUGUAUCAGGAACUGGAGUUUAUUAAGGGGUUGGAGUGGAGUGAUCCGGUGCAGAGUGCGGGGUUUAUGCAGGGGUUUGCUAAGACUGUCAGCAAGGCCAUCGAGAACUACUGCGAUGCCUUAGCGAUGGGUGAAAUCAAAGCUGAUGCGUCCACCGGCUCGUCGUGGCAGGGUUUACUUGCUACGACGGUUGGCAAGACCGCGCAGAAUGGUCCAAAGGAUAUCGCUAACGUGUCCUGCGUAAAACUCUGCAACAUCGAAUACGCCAUGACGAAACUCCACGACAUGUUCCGCGUCAUGAACGUCCAAGAACUGAACCGCAUCCUCCGUCGCCAUCGCGCACAAGUCGCUGCAGAAGCCGAAGCGCUUUCCGCAUCAUCACCCUCGUCAGCCAAACGUGCGGAAGAGGAUGAUACAUGCGUCAGCGGUGCUCUGAAGGUUCAUCUCUCCUACGCUGAGAAUCUCCAGCCGUGCAACAAGAACGGGCUCGCCAACCCGUAUAUCAUCCUGCGUGUACCUGAUGGGACUGUCGUUCCGCCGCCUGAGACGAGUGCUACACCUGCUGCUGCUUCGAGUACGGGAGGGAGAACCACACCCUUUACCGGGUCGUCGUCGGCGAAUCCCCCGGUGGGACCAACGAUAUUGAAUGGUAUCGCAUGUGAAUUGGCGCGGUCGCGCGCUAUCCCGGACACACUUGCGCCGACAUGGGAUGAGACGUUUGAAGUUAUGCUGCCGCCGGUUACGAAGCUGGAGGUGGCUGUGUUGUCCAAGAACAUCCUCACGGCUGAUGAUUUUGCCGGAAACGCCGUGGUCAAUCUGGCAAAGGGAACGCGGUUGCGGCGGAAACUGGCUGACCAUCAAGCGCACGAUGUGUACGUCGAUCUGGAACCGCAGGGACGGGUCUUGGUGCGUCUCACGAUGGAAGGCGCCGCGGAGGAUGUCGAAUUCUGGUUCAGGAGGAGUAAAGAGCGACUUGGACGCAUGCGUGACGAUUUCGUUCGCUCCCUCACUGCCCGUAUCAUCCCAUACGCCAAAGAAGAGAUCAUCCGCGUUAUCAAAGCCCAAGAAGCCGUACCACUCCCAUCCAAAUCCUUUUUCUCAUCCCUCACCACCGCCACGCAAUACUCCAACCUCACCGCCGCGGGCGUUCCCAUUGACGAGCCCGUCACGGUGCGGGAUAUUGACGACGCCCUCGAGCCGCUCAUCGAGUACCUUAACAAGAAUCUCGCCACGCUGGACGUAUACCUCUCCGAACGCAUGUCACAGGAAGUAAUCCGCCGCUGCUGGGACGAGAUCGUCGCCGUCGUCGAAAACACCCUCAUCCCACCCCUCUACGGCCCCGUCGAGCGCGACCGCCGGAUCCUCAACCUUCGCCAAACAUCAGCCUCGUUGGCCCUCCUCAACACCCUCCUCGAAUUCUUCCAUGCAGGCGGCGACGGCGUCCCCAUGGAACAGCUCGAAACGCGCCGGUUCAAGCACGCAAAGGCCCUGGUCGGCGAGCAUGUAUACCACGCCGACGUGGCGCGCCUGAAGAAGGAGUAUGAGCAUCAGCUGUUGAAGGGCAGGGACCGCGAGCUGAUCAUACGGUUGAUUAGAGUCAAGGUGGAGAAGAAUGAUGGGACGUUGACGGCGCAGGAGGUUGAGGAGACGAAGCAAUGGAUUGAGGCACAGUUGUUGAGGAGGAAGGAGUUCGUGCGCAGGACGUAG